UAAAACUGUCAGAAUGUGGAUUGAACACAUUUUCAGUCAGUGCACAGGAGAGGAAAGACAGAACCACAAAGUUGCUGAGCGAAUAGUUAAAUGGCAUCUAAUGUCCUGGGAUCACAUAAUGGAAUGAAAUUCACGUUUCACAUUUUAAUUCUGUGGCGACAUGCAUUUGUUUCUGAUGCAUUUGAUGUCACUGUACCGAAGACUGCUUUACUCGGUAUCCACAGUCACAGUAUCGUCCUUGGAUGCCGUUUUAAUGCUACCGGUGACUUCUCACUUGAACAUUUUGUAAUUAAUUGGCAACGCACUGAAAACAACGAGGUGGUGCACAGUUAUCAUUAUGGCAAAGAUCAGCUUGGUCAACAGAGUAAACAGUAUUCAGGCAGAACAAGUCUAUUUCCAGGGGAAUUCAAAAAUGGCAAUGUUUCACUGCAGUUGGACGGACUGAGAGUUGAGGAUGCUGGUCAGUACAUGUGUUAUGUCAGCAGUACAAUGGGAAGUGCCAAAGGAACAGUGUCAUUGACAGUUGCAGCUUACUACAAGGAGCCGGAACUGCUGGUCAAACUCCAGUCAUCCAGUGUGACCUUUGUUCUAACAUCUCGAGGUUAUCCUAAAGCAUCUGUUUUCUGGCAAUGUGCAGAAGAUAAUAACACGCUCUUUGAGCCUGAAGUUUUCUUUGCUGAAACUGAAGAUGGUCUUUACUCACUCCAAAGUAGUCUUGAAGUUGCUAACACAGAGACAUAUUGUAACCAUAUCGUUAAAAUACACAACCAUCUUGUCAAUCAGACUAUCAUCAGGAAAUUCAACCUCUUUAUUCCACAGAGGAUGGGAGCACAGGAAAAAGUUGGUUCCAGUUACAUUUGGAUUGUUUUGGGCCUGUUUCUACUGGUGAUUGUAGCAAUCCUCAUUCUGAAUAUGUGCUUAACUGUAAACAAGCAACACAAGCAUCAAGAUAAAAUAAUGAGCGUGUGAAUGUGGAAGUAUGAAUAAAAUGUUUAACAUCUACUUAUCCUUGUGGUACUGGAAAAGUCA